AUGAAUGGGUCCGUCUUGGCGUGGAAUGUUCGUGGCUUGUGUGCUUCUGAUAAGCGAGCAAGGGUCAAGGCCAUUAUUAAGAGAUGUAGGGCGUCAGUGGUUGGUUUGGUUGAGACAAAAUGGUGCUCAUGUUCACAAUUUCUAAUCUCUUCAGUAAGUGGAAGUAGGUCUUCUGGUUGGGUUACGAAAAACGCAGUGGAUAGCAGGGGCGACAUUGUGAUUUUUUGGGAUAAGAUGGACUUUAGUUCAAUUGAUUAUUGGGAGGGAGACUUCUCGCUUGCUAUUCGACUUCACUCAACUCGGCUUACUAUCAUCCAGGCUGUUGUGAUCGUGUACAGACCUCAUGAGAAGGAAGAAAAAUUUGCUUUCCUUAGGGAGCUUGAGUUUAUUUGUAGAAGAUAUGAUGAGCCGUUGUGCAUCUUGGGUGAUUUCAAUCUGGUUAGGUCUAAUGAGGACUAUAGAGGCGGGCCUCGGUGUAGAGAGCUUAUGAUGGAGUUUAACAACUUCAUUAAUCACAAUAGGCUGGUCGAUUUACCGCUUCAAGGAGCUCUGUUUACUCGUAGCAGUGGCGGUUCGAACGCCUCUCUUUCUCGAAUUGAUAGGGCUCUUGUGAACUUGAAGUUUGAAGAGUUUUAUUCCCCUGGCCCUGUUCAGGCGUUUGAAAGAGCUGAAUCUGACCAUAGUCUGAUUCUAUUGCAGUGGGGGAUGUUUGAUAAUGUCCAUAGACCUUGGCGUUUUGAGAAUAUGUGGUUGCUUGAGGAAGGUUUCUUACAAAGUUUGAUUGGAUGGUGGAGUAUUCUUGUGAGGGGAUCUGGUCUCUUGUUUUGUGCAGGGAAUAGGCUAAGACAAACAAAACAAAUUAUAAAGAUUUGGAAUUCAGAAGUGUUUGUAAGAGCACAUCUUAAAAUUGAGGGUCUCCUUGAGAAGAUCAAGGAGUUGGAUGAUGCUGAAGAAAGGGAUCAGUUGUCUGAGCUUGCCAUUAAUGAGAGAAGUCUCCUGAAGUGUGAACUGGAUAAGAUUCUUUUGAUGGAAGAAAUUUCGUGGUGA